UUUACUUUGAAACGUUGUGCUAUCAAAUCAUUUAGCGGAGAAUGUUUGUUUUGCCUCAUUAAAACUUUUUAAAAAUAAUAAUGACUAAGAAAGAAAUAAAAACAAAGUUCUGAGUAUACUUAUAUGAGGUAAAUAGAAAAAUUAUCUGUUUUGAGCAUAAGGUGAUGAUAACAAAAGACAAAAACAGGCAUUAAUGCGCUGAUUAAAAAUUAAAAAGUUAAUUUCAGUGAAUGCUCUACUUUAAAUUAAAUAUAAUAUUUACAAAGAAAAGCUAUAUAAAAGGAUAUAUAUAAACAGAAAAAACAUUUGCUGUAAUAUAAUUGGAAAUUUUUGAAAUUAGCCAUUAGUUGAAAUUUAAUCAAUUCGAAAACAUGUUUCAUCUAAGUGUAGGUUAUAUAAUUUUUUAUUUAUUGAGUAGUUAAAAAAUACUGUUUUAGUGCAUAAAAUAGAAUUGAAUAAUGAUUGCAUCAGUUUUCAAAUUUAACUUUACGAAAAAAAUUGUGUUACAUUAAAAGUUAAAAAAUUAUUUUCAACUCCAUGGAAUAUUUUUAAUUUAAAGGCAAAAUAUUUCAAGAAUAUUGCGACUACCAACUCCUUUUUUAAAAUUUAUAAUGCAAAUAUUCAUGCUUAUUUGAUAAAAAUUACAAAAAAGAUACUGAAGGUUUGUGCAAUGGAUGCUAGUGCGAUGUAGAAUUUAAAAUACAUUUAAUUUUCGAAAAAAGUUUUAGCAGAAUAACUCAUAAAAUUUCAUUUUCCCUCGUUUGGACUCAUACUACAUAAUAAGAUUUUUAAGAUGAAAAUUAUAAAAACUCAUUGAAAGUAACCUGGUGUCAUUACAACUUCAUUAAAAUAAAGUAUAAUAAGAUUUUUGCUGUAAAAGUUUGAUUUGUUGUUAUUUUCGGACGUAAUAUUCCUGAAAUAUAUUUCAUUAUAUUUCUACUAAACAUGUAAAAGAACUCACUUGAGAAGAAGAGAUUUUUCUUUAUUUUUAGAAAUUAUUUGGUUUUGCUUUUUCUUUUUACUUUAGUAUUUUGAUAUUUCUUUCAUUAUUCAGUUGUUUAAAAAAAAUCAUUCAAUGCAAUUAGAAAUAUUAAAAAAUAUUCCGUAUAAAAAUGUCCUAUAGGAAAAUGUACUAAUGAAAAAAAAUACAAAAAAAAUAAUUUGACGUGCCGUUAAUACUUGUGCUUCGUUUUUUUUAUAAUUUUACUUUUUAAUUAUUUUAAUUUUUUUUGCUAAAUUAUAAAAAAAUAAAGAAAAUGGCUUCAAUAAUUAAAACAUUUUUUGGUGAUUUAAAUUUGAUUAAUUUUUUUUUAAUAAUUUUAAUAACACUUGCAAUACCUAUACAUUGGAGUAAAUGUUUUGAAAAUAAAACACGGUUAACAAAGAAUAGUAAUAGUUUAACAACAGUGAUGACAGCAGCACAACCUCAUAUAAAUUCCACCUUUGAGGUAACAGAAAAAAAGAAAAAUAAUAAAUGUGUAAGUUGCAAAAACAAUGGUUACGAAAAUGUCGAUUUAGUAAAUCAAACAAAUAGUGAAGUUUAUAAAUUGACACCCGAACGCCCGCCAACGAAACAAUUGAAACAUACAAAUCGUAAUCGUCGUAAUCAUUAUACCAACAAUAAGGAAAAAUUACAAAAUCAAAACUAUAAAAAAUUUACGAGUAAAUAUACUAUAGAGGAAUUAUUAAAUACGACAUUUGAGCGAAAGAUUUCAAAUGAUAUUGAUUGGGAUCCUUGUAAAGCAAGUGGUUUUAUGGGUGACAUCGCAUUACCAGAUAUUUCCAGUGGUGAAGUAGGUGGUACUUUGCCCCCGCACCCAACAGUAUCAUUUACAGAAAUCGAGCCUAAUUUCGAUUUUAUGGAAGCAACAACGUCAACAACAACAAUAGUUUCUGCGUCAACGACAUACUCUAGAAAGCCUGAACAGAAUUUGAAUGUGUCUGACAGUUUUUUCACAUCAAAUAAAAACAUAGACAUUAUUGCAAAUCAUUAUAAAAAUUCCAGAGAUUAUGUGAACAAAACUGAACCGUUUAUGAAUGAUGAUAAUGGCAAAUAUCAUAGGAAAAGUAAUGAUGGUAAAAACAUUCCUAAAACUAGUGGACAUUUCAAUAAAACUUUUCAACAAGAACUAGAAAUUCUUAAGCAAGAAGUUUACAAUGAAGGUCUUCAAGUGGAGGAAGAAGGUAUGACUGAUAUUAUCAGAAAGAAAACUAAACUGCCGAACAAUAAUAAUAAAAAUGAAAAAAGCAACAAUGACCCUUUUUGGUUAAUAAGAGAACCAAAUAAACCACUAAAUAGCAAUAAAUAUCAAUCAACAACAUUUGUUGAAUCAAAUAAUUCCAAUCUGAAAAGUGAAAUACAAACGUAUGUACCCCAUUCUCAUUAUAGUAAAUAUGAGAAAUCUUCCUUAGAGCCGCACUCGUCACUAUCGCCUUAUUCUAAAUCUUCAUCGAAAUUAUUUAAAGAUAAGUCCAAAUUGGAAACAACCAAAAAGUAUUUAUUAUCAACUUCAGAAAAGGCAUCAGCCUCGAUCGAGCAAGAAGAAAUUGAGGAAGAUAAUCGUGACACGGUUCUGACUAUUACAAAAAAUAUGAAAGAAUUUUCAUCAAAUAUGAAAAAGAUUAAAAAAUCUUCGUCAGUAAAUACAAAAUUACCUACUGUAAUUCAUCUGUACAAAUCAAACGAGGAAAAAAAUGAUAAAAUUUCGGGUCAUGCACGAAAUGUUGAUUUAAGGAAAAUUCAAUCAAAUACUAAAGAUAUUGAAGAUGAUUCUGGUAAUAACUUUGUUUCAGAAAAAAAAGUAAUUAUAUUACCAACAUCAUUGCCAAUUCAACGAUCAACAGCGGCGAAUGUAUUUAGCAAUGCUGGUGGCAAUGGUGGUAAAUUAGAUGAUAUUGAAUUUUUUCAGGUCGAUGGCCCUAUACGGAGAAGACAUCGUCGCGGUAAACGUCAAAGAAGACGCUCUCACACUACAAAGGAAUAUCGUGAAAAAUUACAGCGUUUGAAAGAAGAAUUGAAUCAUCCUGUUGCAACUGUCGAUGAUGCAAAAAGGGAAAGAAAUCUAAAUAAAAAAACUCAACAAGAUCGAAAAAUCUUGAAAAACUUAAAAAAGAGAAAAGAUAAAAACAGAUCUUCAAAUUUUCCACAACAAUUUGAUAAAAAAAGUCAGAAGUUUUUGCUAGACAAAAACAAUAAAAGAUUUCUCGAAAAAUUAGUUAAGCUUGAAAAAAAUCAACACAAUGAGAAAUUUUUAAAUUAUUCAAAUACUGUUUAUGAUAACUUUGAUAUUAUAACAAAACGUAAGUCAACAUUGGAUGCGUUAACAGAUGAAUUGAAUGCAGCAAGUUUAGAUGCAAUUAUGUUAAAUGACGAAAAAAAUUCUAAAACUCUUAAACGACAACGUCGUAUUACACGUGCUGUUACAGCAAAAAAGGAACGAGUCUGGGAUUACGGUGUCAUACCUUAUGAAAUCGAUGGUAAUUUUAGUGGUUCUCAUAAAGCGCUGUUUAAGCAAGCUAUGAGACAUUGGGAAAAUUUUACUUGCAUUAAAUUUGUUGAAAGGGAUCCUGAUGUGCAUCCAAAUUAUAUUAUUUUUACUAUUAGAAAUUGUGGUUGCUGCUCCUUCGUUGGAAAAAGGGGGAAUGGUGGACAGGCAAUUUCAAUAGGAAGAAAUUGUGAUAAAUUUGGUAUUGUUGUACAUGAAUUAGGUCAUGUUGUAGGCUUUUGGCAUGAGCAUACUAGACCUGAUAGAGAUGCACAUGUAGUCAUCGAACAUAAUAAUAUAAUGAAAGGACAAAAUUAUAAUUUCAAUAUGCUGACGUCGGACGAUGUUAAUUCCUUGGGUCAACCAUACGAUUAUGAUUCAAUUAUGCAUUAUGCUAGAAAUACAUUUUCUAAAGGAACAUAUUUGGAUACUAUAUUGCCAAUUGAAGUAAAGGGUAAGAAGCGUCCUGAAAUUGGACAACGUAUUCGCUUGAGCCAAGGUGAUGUAGCUCAAGCGAAUUUAUUAUACCGAUGUCCGAAAUGCGGUCGAACAUUUCAAGAAAAUAUAGGUUCAUUUUCUUCACCAUCUUACCAGUCAAGAGAAAAUGCAAGCAAUGUUGAAAAAUGUGAAUGGCGUAUUACUGCCACACAUGGUGAGAGGAUAGUUUUAAAAUUGGAAAAUUUGAACUUAUUCAAAUCUGAAAAAUGCCAAACCGAUUACUUGGAAAUUCGAGAUGGUUAUUGGUAUAAAUCCCCAUUGUUAGUGAGAAAAUGUGGUAAAGUAGCACAAGAAACAAUAAUGACUAACUCUAGCCGCAUGUUAAUUUCUUAUGUUAAUACUCAUAGAAACGCGGGUUAUCGCGGAUUUAGAGCUGAUUUUGAAGCGAUUUGUGGUGGAGAAUUAUUCGCCGAUUCAGAAGGGCGUUUAGAAUCCCCUAAUUAUCCUUUAGAAUAUCUUCCAAACAAAGAAUGUGUCUGGAAAAUUACAGCUGCGGAAGGAUACCAAGUUGCUUUAAAAUUUCAAUCUUUUGAAGUGGAAAAUCACGAUAAUUGCGUGUAUGAUUAUGUUGAAGUUCGUGAUGGUGAUAAUGCUGAAGCUCGUGUCAUCGGAAUAUUUUGUGGUUAUAAGCCACCACCAAAUAUGAAAUCUACUUCAAAUACUAUGUGGAUUAAAUUUGUUUCCGAUAGUUCAGUUCAAAAAGCAGGAUUUUCCGCUAUUUUUAUGAAAGAAGUAGAUGAAUGCGAAACUGCUGAACAUGGAUGUGCACACCAUUGCACUAACACUUUAGGAGGAUAUGAAUGUAGUUGUGACAUCGGCUAUGAGCUUCAUAGUGAUAAAAAAAAUUGUGAAGACGCUUGUGGUGGUGUUUUAGAAGCUACUAAUGGCACUAUAACAUCGCCCUCUUUUCCUGAUUUAUAUCCAGCAUUAAAAGACUGCAUAUGGGAAAUUAUUGCGCCACCACGUUAUAAAAUUUCCUUGAACUUUACACAUUUUGAUUUGGAAGGCGUAAAUAACCAACAUUCUGAUUGUGGUUAUGAUUCUGUUUCUAUAUUCUCAAAACUUGGCGAAAACCGUUUAAAACGGGUUGGUAAUUAUUGUGGUACCAAAAUACCACCAAUAGCAACAUCUGAAAGUAAUGCUUUACGAAUUGAAUUCAAAUCUGAUAAGUCAAUACAAAGAAGUGGUUUUGCUGCAAUAUUUUUUACGGAUAUCGAUGAAUGUGCCGUAAAUAAUGGUGGAUGUCAACAAGAAUGUAAAAACACUAUUGGGUCUUACAUAUGUUCAUGUCAUAAUGGUUAUACAUUACACGAUAAUGGACAUGAUUGUAAAGAAGGUGCAUGCAAAUACGAAAUUUCAGUUCCAUAUGGAAACAUUUUUAGUCCAAAUUAUCCAGAAUUAUAUCCCCCUAAUGUAGAUUGUGUGUGGCAUUUUUCUACCACUCCAGGGCAUAGAAUUAAACUGAUUUUUAAUGAAUUUGAUGUGGAAUCACACCCGAACUGUGGCUAUGACCACGUAAUAAUUUAUGAUGGUGAAUCUGAUGAUAGUUCAAAAUUAGGUAUUUUCUGUGGUGAUAAAAUUCCUUAUCCAAUAUCAGCAUCCUCAAAUGAAAUGUAUAUGGUGCUAAAAACUGACAAAAAUAAACAACGAAAAGGAUUUCAAGCAACACAUUCAACAUCAUGUGGGGGAUUUCUUGGUGCAACACCACACAUUCAACAAUUUUACUCGCAUGCACGUUAUGCUGAUCAGAAUUAUGAUGAGAAUAUGGAUUGUGAGUGGACAAUAAAAACAACUUCAGGGAGUAACGUACAACUCUUUUUUAACGAUUUUGACGUUGAAGAUUCAACCAAUUGCACAUACGAUUAUGUAGAAAUUUAUGCUGGUAUGGAGGAUACAAGUGGACCAUUGCACGGUCGGUAUUGCGGUGACAAGAUUCCGCAGGAAAUAAUUUCCCUUAGUGAUUCUUUAUUAGUACGUUUUCGAACUGAUGAUUCAUUUACAAGUAAAGGUUUUUCCGCAUCUUAUGUAACUGUAGAGCCAUUAGAAGAAAGCGAAGAUUUAAAUUCAGAUAGUCAUGAAUCUGUUACACCAUUUCCUGGUUACUUUAAAAGUAUUUACAAAUCCGAUUCACUUGAUUCUGAGGUGUAUGAGUACAUAGACAAUAGAGAAAACACAAUUUCUAAUCAAGAACAAUAUAAACGUUUUGGUAGAUAUGCGAAUUACCGUAAUUUGUAUGUUUAAUUGUAUUUAAAUAUUACAUUCUUAUACAAACAAAUUAUGCAUAUAUAUAUGUACAUUUGUAUCUAGGUAUAAAUAAAAUUUUUAGUUAUAAGUAAAAACGGCUAUAAAAACAGAUAAAGCAUUAAUUUCAACCCAAAAAUAAUUAAAUAAAAAUUUAAUGAACAUAAUACAAAUGCAGCAUUUAAGUUGGCAUAAACCUAGAGACUUAAUGUAGGUUAAGCCUAUGAAACAAUAAUGCUAAAUAAAUAAUUGAAAUAGGUGAUGAAAUGCUGAGGACUUUAACAAAACGGUUUAGUUGAUUAAUGUUCACUAUCCUGAUAUUCUGCGGAAAUUAUUACGUCGUGUAAUAAUUUUAUUUUUUAUUAAUCCUUAAAAUAACGAAAAGAAUUUUCAAAAAUAAAAUUAAGUCCUUCAAAGACCCAUAUUUUAAAAUCUUCCAUAAUUAUUUGAUAGAAAAAUAAAAUAUAUUUAAUAGUAUAAUUUAUUUCAGGUGCUUGUUGCUCAAAAUGUUGUAGCAAAAUUUUCUUGUGCCACUUCGCUAUAUACACAGAAAAGUUCAUCUUUAAUUUUUUGUUAGCUUUUAGCUACAAUAUCUUAAUUUUUAAUAAGUUUUUUAGUGGAAAACGUUCAUGGUGCACGUUUGUUUUUAUAAUUUUUAAAAUUACAUAAGAUAAAAUAACAUCCCAAGUCAUUGUCCGUUGUGUGUCCGUUUUUACCUGGUAUAGUAGAAUAUAAACGGCAAUUUUCUGCACGACCACAAUUUUUGUGAUGCCUUAAAAAAGCGAUUUUUGUUUAUUUUUUUAAUUUUUAACACCACAAACUUCAAAAUAUUUCAUUGCAAUAGCCUACAUAUGUUUGCGCCAAAGCAACGUAUGUAUGUUUUUUGAAUAAUGUAAACAUAUAACAGAUUUCGUCUUUCAUAAACCGAAAAGUAGCAAAAGACAUUAAAAAUUAAUCCUUAUCUAAACCAGUUUUUUUGUUCUUAUAUCAGGAGUGUUAUGUUAAUCUCUACUACUUAUUUAUUCUGUUCUACUCUUAGAGUAUUUUGAACAUAAUUUAAAACAAAAGAUAGUUGCUACUAGAAAGAGUACUUGUAAAAACUACAACGCACACUUGAAAGAGAUAUGCUGAAUUACUAAAUGCACAACAAUUAAAAAAAUCAAUAAUUAAAACAAAAUUAAAAUAAGAAGUUUUAUGAAUAUUAUAUUUUUAUAUUAUAUGGUUUACGCUAAACACUACUUGAUUUUUUUAUUUUAAUUAAUCUCUUUAAUUAAGCUGUUAAUUUACUUUUAAAAUAAAAUGCAAAAUUUUCUAGAAAACGAAAUGAUACUUUCUAAAAUUCAUAUCAGAAAAGAAACCAUUAUGAGAAGUCAUAUCUUAAAUUCAUUUAAAGGGAAUGUAAUUAUUUAAGAUAAAGUUAAUAUAAAAAAUUUUGUAUAUAAAAAAUUUUUAAACGGAUAAUAAUUAUUCAUGAUAAUCGUAUUACAUGACAAUAUUUUGUUACAAUUUCUUCAAUUAUAAUAUACUUAUACUAACAUGAAAAAACCUAUUUAAUAAUAUUAGAAUAUUGUUACAAUGUAAUUCAUUAAUUUUUAAUUUUAUAAUAAUGUGUACAUAUACAAGUGCAUAUAUACACAACACAUAUAUUCGUAUAUAAAAUAUAUGUAUUUAUGUAUAUAUAAAAUGUUUUUAUAUUUUUUAACAUUACGUAAUAUUAUUGUAUGUACAUAAUUUUGGGAGUCUAAACUUGAAAAAUAAAGAAUUUUGAAGCUGAUUCUAUUUUAUAUAUCAUAAUCUAUUUACACUAACUUUUGUUCAUAAUUUAAUAAUAUUUUCAUUUUUUUUUGAAAAAAUUUUAUAUGUAAUUUUGUAAUAAUUAUUUCCACAACUCAGAAUAUUCGACUCUUUCAUAUACUCAUAACAUUACGAUUACCGGAGAAAUGAAAUUGAGUUUGACAACGGAUGGAAAAGACAUGUGUAAGUCCAUCCUUAAAAUUUUUGGGAGUUCUAUGAAGUUCAAUAUAUAAUACUAGUUAUUAUAAUGACAAGAUUUUGAUUAGAACUUAACAAUUCUUUGAGAACAAUAAAGGGAUAUUAAAUUUUCAUAAUAUCUGCAGACGGCAAAUAUAAAUGUAUGUGUAUUGUAUGUGUACAUAUUGUUCUACAUAUCACGUUUGCUUUUAGUAAAAUGAUUUAAUAUUCAUUAAAAUAUAUUAAUAAAUACACUGUAAUAUUUAUAAAUUAAUUAUUUGACAGAUUGUUUGAUGAUUAUAAAUACGUAAAUGUAUGUAGAUAGUAUACAGAAAAAAUAAAAAAAAAUAUUAUAAACGUAUCUUUAAAUGGAAACACAAGAUAUUAAGAAAACUAUAAUAGAACAAGUAAACAAAAACUGUUUUUGAAAGACAAUAAAAAUAU